AUGAUGGAUAAAUCAAUAUUUUCAUUAGUUUUUAAUAACAAAGUAUUGUGUAAUAACAUAUUCAAUCAUGUCAUUUUAAUAUCGAGUUCAGACAAAAGAAAACAUUUCAAAUGGAGCGAAGUAGUCGUAAACGCUAAAGUGUUGGCUGCACACAACUACUUUGAACAAUUGAAACAAUUUUUAUCAAAGAUAGUUAUUAAGGAUCCUAUUGUUAAGAAUUCUAUAUUGAUGAUUGCAAUCAAAUAUGGUGAUAUUGAUAUGUUGGCAUACCUAAUGAAUCGAUUCAAAGUCGAUUUAAACUCGGUUGACAAUUCAUUUUCAAACUAUCUUAAAAGCAAUAUCAAUAAUCAAGAAUAUAAUGAACCUUGUUGCUACCUCAACAGUAUCUAUUGUUAUGCAGCUCAGAAGGGAAGAAUGGAUAUUGUCGAUUAUCUAACUGCUAGAUUCAAAUCGUAUCAAUGGAAUUAUUAUCGAGCGAUGGUAAAGUCACCUCUUUCCAAGAAUCUAGAGAUUGUAAAGUACUUUGUCGAUAAGCACAACAAUAACACACCUCCAACAAAGUUCAAGGUUAACCGAGAUUUAGGAGUGAAUGUAUUCGAUACAGCUGCAUACGUUGGACAAAUCGAAAUGAUUGAAUAUCUUGUAAGAGAGAGACCAAAUGAUUUACAAAAUAGUAAAAUGUAUUUAUACGCAAUUGAAGGAGGAAACACUCAUUUUAUUGAAUAUCUACUUCGAGAGCACAGAGAUUUGGCAAACAAAGAAAGACAAUUAAUAGAUUCAGCUUCAAGUUUAUAUCGAUUUGACAUUGUUAAGCUAUUGUUUAGCAAUGGUAUUUCAGAGUGUACCUCUAAGCCAAUUGAUAACGCAGCAAUAAAAGGUGAUAUGGAAAUGUUAAUUUGGUUGAAAGAGAAUACUACUGCUGAAUCUACUAAACACACAAUGGAUUAUGCGGCAAUGAAUGGUCAUUUAGAUUGUUUGAAAUGGCUAAAUGCUAAUAUUACAUCUGGAUGUAGUUCCUCGACCAUGGAUUACGCAUCUAUGAGUCAUCUUUUAUGUGUUAAGUGGUUACAUUAUAAUCGAACAGAGGGUUGUACUACCCAAUCAAUAGAAAAUGCUACACAACGAGGAAACCUCGAGAUCUUACAGUGGAUAAACUCUAAUUAUCGAUCUUUAAAGAUAUCUAGAAGUUGUGUAUGGCAAGCUAUUGAAUACUCUGGUAAACUCCAAGUUUUUCAAUGGAUUUAUGAAAACACUACACAUGAAUACACUUAUUUUAGUUUAAUAGAAAUGGCAUCUCAUUUUAAUCGAUUCAAUAUUCUGAAAUAUCUUAUUCAACAAAACAAUGGAGAAUGUCAUAUACAGUAUUGA